CACAUCUGUGAAAGAGACAACCAAAUACAACAUGUUUCAUAAGUUCGCCGUUCUCUCUGGGCUGGUGUUAUCAGCCACGUGCAUGGUCCUUCAUCAACCUCAAAUCCCAGUGCUCCUUGGACUCCAAUAUGAUUCGAACCCUAACUACAACUUCGCUUACGAAGUCAAUGACGUUCACACUGGAGAUAUCAAAAGCCAGCAUGAAAGCCGAAGAGGUGACACUGUUCUAGGACAGUACUCUUUGCUGCAGCCUGAUGGUAUUAGAAGGACGGUAGACUACAGAGCUGACGACCACACAGGUUUUCAAGCUACUGUGAACAAUGCUCGUGGAGCCGUAGCCUCCCAUGCGCAAGCGGCCAUCAAUGGUGAUGUCACAAGACACCCCAAUCUUGCAGUCCAGUCCUACCAAUCCUGGCCGACUCCAACUGCUCAUCCCUCCCCAGCACCCUCACCAGUAGCCAUAUCCAGGUCUUCUUUCUCACAAACCAUCACCCACGGAGCUCCAGUUCAUCACCCUUGGGCCUAAACCAAGAUUUCUUUAAAGACACGGCAGCUAGAAAUGACAACGUUUUUUGCAUUUAUAUUUUAAGCUGUAUGUAUUUCUAUUAUGUAUGUCUAUGAGAGUGACUAAGUGAUAUUGUACGUAAUAGUCGACCGGA